CGUCUCAAUCACUCACUCCAUGUGCAAGCAACAACGCCCAUUCCCCAUUCCUCCUUGUGUAGCGCACCAACCACACACCCCAUCAGCCAGCCAAUCAGUCCAUCUUGCCCGUGGCCCCCAUCAUGGCACCUUCCCCCUCCUCCUCACCCACAGUCAGCGCCAAACCCAAACCCAUCUCGCUGUCCAGUGAGCGCAACACCGCCUGAACACAAGCAGUGCAGUGUAUUGGUAUGUCUCAUCCAUCGAUGGCAUGCACGCAGUGAGUGACACGAGAGGAGAUCUGACCCACCUGGACUUUCUGUGGCGAUGUCUCGCCCUUGAGUCGACCCAGUUUCUCCAUGACCGUCGAUUUCACCACCUGUGUCUGCUGCUGGGCGAUCUCACGCGCUUUGCGCAGCAUUUCGCGGGCCGCAGCAGCACUGCACAAAGACACAGAACAGAGGUAGAGGCACCAAGUGUGGAAAGAAUGGAAUGGCCCGACUGCAUUUCAUUUUUCUCUUCCCUGACUCUUCUGCUUUUUUCUUCCUAUCGAGCAUCUCGGUGAGCAUAACUUGCCGCUUGUACUCCUGCACACAUAUAUGCAGAUAGGCAGGGACCCUAGACUGUGUCGAUGUCAAUGGCAGUGGCAGUGUUGUGUGUCUGUGUGCCGACCUUUUGUCUCUCCAGUCGUUCGCGGUUCUGCUGCACCAGUUCCUCGCGCAUCGAUCGGACGCUCCUGUUGACAUCGACGUUCUGAGACAUACCAUACACACACCAGGCCACACAUAUAGUGCACACACAUACGCAUGGCGAUACCUGCAUGAUUCUCGACUUGAGGUCCUUUUCGUUGGCGUCGAGCUGCUUUAUGUGCUCCCGCAUCUCCUUCGCCUUGCUGUUAAGCUCUUCUCGCAGCCUCUUGGCGUUCUCAUUCCUCUUGUCCCACCGACGCUGCCUGUUGCCGUGCGUCGUCUCCGACCGCUGCUUCAGACCCGUCUCAUAGGCUUCCUUGGCACGCAUGGCGUGUUCAUGACGCUGCCUGGCUGCCUCCUCCCGCUCCUUCUGCAGAUUCUCGAGAUGCUCGUUGACGCGCUGUCGCUUCUCCGCCAUGGACUGCUGCCGGCUCUCUGCACGCGCCUGCAGACUGCAGAGAAGGAUGCGAGGAGACAUGAGCUUGUGAGAGUGGGCGAGAGGAGGGAGGGGUAGAUUGCAUACGAUGUGAAUGUGUCUGCUUGUCGUUGUGCGAGCAUCUGGUCUUUUUGCGCUUGAAUGCCCAGCUGCGACAUGGCGAAUUCCUCCUUCUGUCGCUGGUACUCCCGAUUCUUCUCGCGGAGCCGCUCUGCGUUCUCUUCUCUGAGUCGAUGCAGCUCCUCAAACUGAUUCACACGCGCCUGAUGUACCCAUCAGACAAAGGGAUUGCCUGUGGGUCGGACAAAGGGCUGUCUUUGGACCUCUCUGAGUUUGCGUCCUUGCUCUCUCUUCUUGUUCAGCUUCGCCUUUUGCUCUGCGGCUUCUUUGCGGCGUCGUGCCUCAAAUUCCUUCCACUCCUCCAUGCGCUUUUCCCGUCUGGCAUCGGCGGCAUUCUGUUUUUCCUGGACCCUCUGGGCUCGCAACUGACUGUACAGCGCACACACACACACACACAGACGAAGCGGAUAAGCCCUUGUUGCCCUCCUUCUGUCCAAAGGCGUACUGUAGGCUUUCGACUCGUUGCAGGUUCUGUAGAGCCUUUUGUCUGGCCAUUUCCUCGCCCUGCUGUGCGGCCAUCUGGUCGUCAAGGAACUUCUGGAUGUCCUUCUUCUGCUGCAGCGCCACCUGCUUCAACCGCUCCUGCUCCUGCAUCGCUAUCUGCACCAUUCACCGACACAUCAUGGAAAGGGACAGCCUUGACAUCCACUGUAUUUGUGUGUGUGUGGCGGUGUCUGACCUGCUGUUCGGGCGUGAUGAGGUCCACAGGGCUGACUUGGCUGGCGGUGCGUCGACUGGACAGGUAGACCAUGGCCUGCCUGUCGCCCGCAGCCGUGCCCUGCGCAGCCAUCCUCUUGGCCACGUGCCGCGGUGAGUCGCUUUCCUGCGACCAUCUGGGGCCCCUGUGCGGCAUCAAGGCUGUGUUGGCAAGCGCGGCGUCCAGCAGCUCUGGGGCUGUGGAUAUCGAGGGGGACUCAAGUAUCUUGAACGACUUGCUGACGUCCUGGGGCUUUAUUCUUUCUCGGUGCUUCAUAACCUGCCGGAUGAGGGCCAGCCGCUUUUUCUCGAAUGUCUCAUACUUCUCGCGGGCAAGGUCCUCACUCAGACCACCCUUGGCAAAGUCCUCUGCAAGACACAUACAACAUGCGUCAUCCACAGAGUGUCACUACCACCCGCUAGCCGUCCAUUCUCCCAUUCACCCACCCACCAGGCGCCUUUUUGUGCAGCUCUUCUAUUCUGAUCCCCAGCCUGCAAACAGACCAACCGCCAUCUCUGGAGCAAUACUGAGCUGGUAGAGCCUUACUGGAGAAGCGACGCUUGGAACCGUGGGGAUUCAACAGGAAGUUGAGGCGCACUUUCUUUUGGGCUGGUGCUCACCGCCGGGGCACUAGCACCACCAGCUACUCGCGCCAUAUCGUUGAGGGGGAUAGAGG